AUGGGCAACCAAUCUUCCAAGGAGGGCGGCUCCUCGUCCAAAAACGGCGCGCCUUCGGGUGACGCUCUCUCGUCGUACCCAUCGUUCAGCAAGUCGGACACCAAGGAUUCGACUCGGUCUUUUCGCGGGUUGCGGUCCAAAAUCCCGGGCAGUGGUAGGGUUGACAGCCCGAGAAAUUCGAUUGUCGGCGACUCGGGCGAUGCCGCCUCAGUAAAGUCUGGGAAGAGCGGUCGCUCCAGCAUCUCGCGUUCGGGCCGCAGCACCGAUACAAUCCCGUUGAGGGGCAAUUCGACCGAUCUAUCCGAGCCGCCUUCUAAUGACGACCAACUACCUCCGCCAUCACCCGUCUCCGAAUCAGUCAAGAGCGGCGCUCACGACGUAAGCGCAGCGCAAGCCUCGGGCGAGGUCGACCACGUUUCUGACCAGCCUCCGUCGGCCAAUGCCAGCCUCAACACGCAUCUCCUCCCCCCGGGCCAGUCCAUCCUGGUGAAGCGCGACGAUGCCCCCGUCAAGAAGACCAAGCCCAAGAAGCCAAAGAAUGAUGCCAUGGGCAUGGACGAGAUAAAGGAGAUGGACCUCGAUGACUACAUUAAGCGGCUCCUCGAUGCUGGGUACGCCGGCAAGGUCACCAAGAGCGUUUGCCUCAAGAACGCGGAAAUCAUGGCCAUAUGUGCACGUGUCCGAGAGGUGUUCCUCGCUCAGCCUGCACUACUGGAGCUCGAUGCUCCCGUCAAGAUUGUUGGUGAUGUACACGGCCAGUACACCGAUCUCAUUCGCAUGUUUGAGAUGUGCGGCUUCCCUCCGACGUCCAAUUACCUCUUCCUCGGAGAUUACGUCGACAGAGGCAAGCAAUCCCUCGAGACCAUCCUGCUACUGCUCUGCUAUAAGCUCAAGUUUCCCGAGAACUUUUUCUUGCUGCGUGGAAACCACGAAUGCGCCAACGUUACCCGAGUCUAUGGCUUUUACGAUGAGUGUAAGCGAAGGUGCAACAUCAAAAUCUGGAAGACGUUUAUCGAUUGCUUCAACACACUUCCCAUUGCUGCUAUUGUGGCCGGCAAGAUCUUUUGUGUCCAUGGAGGCCUGUCGCCUGCCCUGAGCCACAUGGAUGACAUCCGCAACAUUGCCCGGCCUACCGAUGUCCCUGACUAUGGACUGCUCAAUGACCUGCUCUGGGCAGACCCGGCUGACAUGGAGCAAGACUGGGAGGCCAAUGAACGAGGAGUGAGCUAUUGCUUUGGAAAACGAGUAAUUACCGAUUUCUUAGCCACCCACGACUUUGAUCUAGUCUGUCGCGCCCACAUGGUGGUCGAAGACGGUUAUGAAUUCUUCAACGAUCGAGUCCUAGUCACCGUUUUCAGUGCGCCAAAUUAUUGUGGCGAAUUCGAUAAUUGGGGAGCAGUAAUGUCUGUAUCUUCCGAGCUCCUGUGCAGUUUUGAGCUCCUUAAACCUCUCGACUCUAGCGCUCUGAAGAGCCAUAUUAAGAAAGGCCGUAACAAGCGCCAGCAGAUGCUCAACAGUCCGCCCGCCAUGGUUCAACCACAGAGUGUCUGA